AUGUCUAAGAAGAAAGGCGAUGUGCCAAAAAAAGCUGUUUUGCUUGGGAGAAUCGGUACUAAUCUAAAAUGCGGUGUAGUUGGCCUCCCGAACGUUGGAAAAUCUACAUUCUUCAAUAUUCUCACUAAAAGUCAAGUCCCCGCCGAGAAUUUUCCAUUUUGCACUAUUAAUCCUAAUGAAAGUCGUGUUGCAGUUCCAGAUGAAAGAUUCGAUUGGCUUUGUGAAUAUCACCAACCUGUUAGUCGAGUACCAGCUUACUUAAAUGUUGUUGAUAUCGCUGGUCUAGUUAAAGGCGCACAUGAAGGACAAGGUUUGGGAAAUGCAUUUCUUUCGCAUAUCCGCAGUGUUGAUGCAAUUUUCCAUAUGUUAAGAUUAUUUGAAAAUGAAGACAUCACUCAUAUUGAAGGUGAUAUUGAUCCUGUACGUGAUUUGGAUAUCAUUGAUGAAGAAUUACGUCUCAAAGAUAUUGAAUAUGUUACUAAAGAGUGGGAGAAAUGUGAAAAGUAG